AUGUGGGAAGUGAGUGUGCCGUCGUGGGAUGAACCCAGCAGCAGCGGUGGAGCUGAUUCGGCCAAGGCCGGCGGUAAGAAGGGGCGAAGGAAGAGCGGAGGAGGUGCCGAAUCUGCGGGUGCUACAUCAGCAUCGGGAGAUGUGUUCAAGGUGGUGACGGCCUCGCUCCAGGGCGAGGCGGUUGCCGAGGUCAAGCGCGCCAUUGACGAAGCCUCAUCGAGGAGGAAGCGGCGUAGAAGCAGCCAGAUGGAGGUCGAGGCCGCCAGCCCCGCCCCUGUCACCCCCCAAGGCGACAAGAAGAAGAGCAGCGAUCGGCAGACACCAGUGAAAAAGGACCAGCACACCCCGGCAAAGAGUCCCCGCAAGCAGCCUGCAGCCAAGAAGGCCGAGAGCCCUGCGCCGGCGAACGGCAAGGCGAAGGCCAGCCCGCGCAAGGCCACCGAGGCUGCGGCCACGGCCUCGGCUGCGAGCAAUGGGUCUGACGCCGCGACGACGACGCCCAAGAAGCGCAAGCGCGGCUCCCGCGGAGGUGCCAAGAAGCCCAAGGCCGCGACCGCCGGCGGCGAGGCUGGCGAGGCGGGCAGCACGGGAGAAGGUGGUGGUGGCGACGCCGCGGCCGCGGCCUCUACCGCCACGACGCCGACCAAGCGCCCGAGAGGGCUGCGCGGCGGUGCGGCCAACAGGGCCAAGCGGGCCAAGGCGCAGGCCAAGGCCGCGGGACAGGUCGAGGCGAAGACCAGCAACACUGAAGCCGCCGGCGAAAGCGACGCGUCGGCCAAGCCGCCCAAGAAGAAGGCGAAGAAGAACGAGAAGAAGCAGAAGCAGAAGCAGGAGGGGAAGCCGCAGCCGAAGGCCGCCACGCCGACCAAGGAGAAGGCCGCCACGCCGGCGCCCAAGUCGCCCAACAAGAAGAACGCCAAGGCCGCCACGCCGAAGGCCGCCACGCCGACCAAGGCGGCCGCUGCACCGGCCGAGUCGCCCAACACCACCAAGAAGGGCAAGGCCGCCACGCCAGCCAAGUCGCCCAACAACAACAACAACAAGAAUGCCAAGAACGCCACGCCGACCAAGGCUGCGGCCAAUGACAAGAAGAACGCCAAGGCCGCCGCGCCGGCCAAGGCUAAGGCCACGCAGCAGCAGCAGCCGGCCAAGUCGCCCAACAACAAGAACAAGAAGAACGCCAAGGCCGCCACCCCGACCAAUGACAAGAACGCCAAGGCCGCCACCCCGACCAAGGCGCCGCAGCCGCAGCAGCCGCAGAGCCAACCCGCCAAGGAGGCGCAGAACCCCACGACACCGACUAAGUCACCCAACGCGGAGAACAACAAGAAGAAGAACAACAGGAAGAAGGGCAAGGGCCAGCAGAGCGAGAAGGCCGCCGCCGACGCCGACGCCACCGUCACCACGCCGCAGAAGCCGGCCGUCGCGGCAGCGGCCGCCGCCGCUUCAGGUCUGGACCAGCUCCUGAUGGAGCACCUGGGCAAGAUGGCACCCGCCACGCCCACGACCGCCACCGCCGCCGAGCCCAAGGGCAAGAAGGCCGCCAAGGCGGGCGCGAACGAGCUUCUGCGGAAGAUGCUGGCCGAGGCCGAGCAGAGGGACAAGCAGCUGCUCGAGGGCGGCGCGCCCCAUAAGGCGGAGAAGGGCACCAAGCGCAAGGCCGGCCCGAAGAAGGAGGCGGCGGCCUCGCCCCACGGCAACAACAAGAAAGCGAAGAAGAACGAAGAAGACACGACAAGCAUGGAGGUCGAGGGAGAGGAGGAGGCGACGACGACAGCGUCGACAACGCCCAAGAAGGGGCUGUCCAAGCUGCAGCAGAAGAUGCAGGCCCGUCUGGCCGGCUCGCGCUUCCGCUGGAUCAACGAGCAGCUCUACACCACGACCGGCUCUGAGGCCCUGCGACUCGUCAAGAAGGACCCUGGCGUCUUCGAAGAGUAUCACAGGGGCUUUGCGCGCCAGGUGGAGCUGUGGCCCGAGAAUCCCGUCGACAUCUUCAUCGCGCAGCUCAAGGAGCUGCCCAAGACGCUCACGGUGGCGGACAUGGGCUGCGGCGACGCCAAGAUCGCGCAGAACGUGGAGCAGAAGGUGCACUCGUUCGACCUGGCGGCGCCCAAUAAGUGGGUCACGGCCUGCGACGUCUCGAAGGUGCCCCUGGGUCCCAAGAGCGUGGACGUGGUCAUCUUCUGCCUGGCCCUCAUGGGCACCAACCUCGUCGAUUUCAUCAACGAGGCCCACCGCAUUCUCAAACCCAAGGGAAGCCUCAAGAUCGCGGAAGUGAAGUCGCGCUUCGAAAACGUGGAGAAGUUCGUGAGCGCUCUCUACGUCCUCGGGUUCGACCUCGUGUCUCAGGACGACCACAACAAGAUGUUCAUUCUGUUCGAGUUCAAGAAGAGCGACCGCCCGACGGCCAAGAAGGCCAACCUGACCCUGAAGCCCUGCAUCUACAAGAAGAGAUAA